AUGUAUAUAUAUAUAUGUGUGUGUGUGUGUUUGUAUGUAUAUAUAUAGGGAGUAAACACACUGCAACGCAGUGGCGACUUGUCCAGGGUGUACCUCGCCUUUCGCCCGAUUGUAGCUGAGAUAGGCACCGGCGCCCCCUGUGAACCCAAAGGGAAUAAGCGGUAGAAAAUGGAUGCAUGGAGUAAAAGCAUUCCCUGAAGCUCUCUGCGUUCUGUACGUGGGCUAAUUGGACUGUCACAGGUGUUUUGGAGCUGUGUAGCAAGUGACUGUGCAGAAAGUAUUUGCACCGUCCGCUGAACUCUCUGUCAGGUUAUGUGGGUCCACUACUUGCUGGCUGAGUUGCUGUUGUUCCCAAACUCUUCACUUUCUGUACAGUAAAGUUGACUCUGGAAUAUUUAGGGGCGAGGACAUUUCGCCACCGGAUUUGAUGCACAGGUGGCAUCCUGUGACGGUCCCAUGCUGGAAAUCACUGAGAGCGUCUUAUACUUUCACAAAUGUUUGUUAAAACCGUCUUGGUGCUUAAGUGCUUAAUUUGAUACACCGGGCUAAGUGGUCAGGACACCUGAUUCUCAUCACUUGGAUGGGUGUCCAAAUACCUAACUUUUAACACCACAUAGUGUAUAAAAAGAAAAGGUGCGGCACAAAAAAACAAGUCCUCCUAAGAAGCAUCAUCGGGGACCUGGACGGGGUCUUUCUGAGACCUGCACCCCAGGUCCAGAGUCUUGUCUCCUGCCAUGGGAACUCUCACCUAUUUGCUCCCAUUUGCAAGAGAAAAGCUGGGGAAUGUGCUGUUUGCUCUUCAAGAGCUGCAAGCCAAGACGGGGAAAGUGCAAACAGGACCCUCCCGCCCCCCUCAGAAGCUCAUCAAGCCACUUGAGGCAAAUGUUUUGUGUGUCACUCGCACGCCGCUUAUUGAAACCGCAGGAAGGGCCUCUGGACCCCGGCCAAGGAGGAUCUGGCCCUGUCGCGCUCCAUCCGGAUCGGGACAAAAGAGAUGCUCUCCUGAGCGCCAUUUAAAGGCCGGCGAGGCCCCGGGCGAGCGAGGACUUGGGAUGCAGGCGCCGGACUCCACCUCCGUCCGACUGGCCGACCACGUCAGCCGCGGCACGGAGCGGGCGGUGGAGAACCCGGAGGACGGGCCCCGGGGCCCCGGCGGGUCCAAGCGCAGGAGGACGGUCACGGUGGUGCAGCGGCAGGCGGCCAACGUGCGGGAGAGGAAGCGGAUGUUCAGCCUGAACGAGGCGUUCGAUGCCCUCAGGAGGAAAGUGCCCACCUUCGCCUACGAGAAGAGGUUGUCCCGCAUCGAGACCCUGAGGCUGGCCAUGGUCUACAUCGCCUUCAUGGAGGACCUGCUGGAGGACGGGAGCGCUACUUGACUUGGGACCAUUUAACUCCACAUCAACAUCCAUCCAUUUCAUACCGCUUGUCCCAUUUGGGCUGCUGGAGCCUAUCUCAGCUGCAUUCAGGCCAGAAGGCA